AUGAGGAUCAGCAUUUCAAACUGCACCAGAAAUGGAAGUGGAACACCUCAAGCAGCGCUGGAGGCCAAAAAGGCUCCGUGGCUGAAUGCCCUGGAGGCCUCAGUUGCACAUGAGAGCAUAACUGACGGCUGUGAGUCGCCGCUCAAGAUCCAUGUUUUCGUCUUCCUGCCGCUGGCGGCACAUCAUUUUACAUUCCUGGUCCCGCUAUGGAAUGUCGUGGCACUGCAGCUUGUACACACGCACGCAAGCGCGCACAUCCGCACCGAAGCACACCCUUCCUUUUCUGUCCUCAUGUCACCCAACACCUACCUCUUUCUACUUAUCCUCCCCCACCUCCUCUUUUCACCGCACUAUCCCACAGAGGCGGCAGUAAUUGAGGAUCGACGCAAACCCUGGAGCGAUCAUGAUCUGCAACAAAUUGGGAAUGCCCUGUUAGAAAAUGACAAACUUGUUGCCAGUUUUUUGGACAAGGUGGAACUAAGUGUAAGCAUUCCAUCGGGUUCGAGUAACAAGAGCCUCUCCUACCUCAUCGGAAAGAAUCAACAAUUUGGUUUCACAAUUACACCAUGCACAGGUCCAUUGGAUGGAAUACACUUCCAUUCCAUCAAUUCGGCUAAAGACGGUUGGCUAAGCGAUCGUUCUGUCUUCUCUGCAUGGACCUCCCGUUCGCGAAGAUCAACUGAAAUCUCCCCUAGCCACGGCGGAAGAUUUUGGUAUCGUCCACCCCUACGAGUAGAAGCCCUGCUCCUAGACGGGGAUCUGGAACUGCACAAGGUCUUAAAAGGACCCAACUGGAUGAAGGGAUCCGGGAUGGCUCGACUCCACUUUUCCAGCUGGGGGGCAUCCGGGGAUACUCUUGUGGUGACGCUCUACGCUCGUCCUGGAACUACCUUCAAGGUUCGUUGGAGCGCGAAGAGGACAUUUCGAUAUCAACCCUUCCAAGGGUAUCCUUCUCUUCCUCAAUCGUCAAAGGCUUCGCUCGUCGAUGUUUGUCGAGUUACCAUCAAUAGCACUGACUACCUCAAUAUCCGUUGGCCGCCGGCCAUUAACGAAGACAGCUUAAUGGACUACUGUGUGGCGGUGAACAGUGAAAGGAGUCUGGUACAUCAAUGCUCUCUCCAGGCGAUGCUCAGUAACAGAAAGGAUGUACAAGCGGUGAAUCUUAUCUACCAAUGCACCAAAGUGAAUUACUUACAGUUAAGGUUACCCGCUCGACUAUCACGAUGGCAAGCAGAAGGCCACAAACUCUACAUCAACGUCUACGCCAUCAACAGUUCCACGAAGUUGAGCAGCUCAUUCGCACCUCUGGUUAUGCAUAGCCUCCCUCUCUGCUUACACCGUCGACCAGUCACACGCGUGUGGGUGAAACUGCGACCUGUGACCUACAUCCUUCACUGGCUCAAUGAUAUUGUCUUCGAUUGGCCCCGAAAUUUUCAUAAUGUCGCCAUGUUCCUUCAACCAUGUCAGCGGCCUCGUGAUCAGGAAUUUUUGUUCAAUCUGGAGUUGUUUCAACAAAAAGAGCUUGGGAAGCAUAAAAACGAUCAGCCAAUCGUAUCAACUCUCAUUCGCAACAGACCUCUCCUGGAUUUGUCGUCGAUGACAAAACACUUCAACAGUGAUGGUGGGCCAAUUCUGAUCCGACUUUCAUCUUUAAAUGAAACUGUUGGAGGUUUUCUGUCUCGGGGUGGGAAGGCCGCCCGUCUUUUCUUCCUAAAUGUUACUGCAAAGGACUCUCUCCCCAUGCGUCCUUGGUCUACAGAUGGCUCCAAGACUCCAAGGAGUGCUGGAGAUCUACAGGAACUGGAUGACGAUAACUAUCCAGUGGAAUUUACACCCCAAUGCAAAAUGCAUCAAAUCAUCAUGAGAGUGGCGGUUAGCCCGCUGCCACAUUUCUACUGGAUAACGACUCUCUCUGUACCAGAGGCUAGCAUGGUCCACAAUCGAAAUGCCACGCUUGCAGGAAUCGCGAAAAGAAUUAACUACUGCGAGUACUCAAAUAGGUCUUUGGUGAGUUUUCUGGGUCGCCAAACACAGAUCCACUUCCAACGAUUCAGAACAGGAAUUAACGACACGUCGUUGAACGUUCAACUUCCCUUCGUCUAUGGAGAUGGAUCACCACGAUUCUACCUCAUUCUCGUCUAUGCCACUCGCAUCAGUGAUGUCACAUCAGCCUACCGAUCACUCUUUCUGCAUCGUCUCAUAGAUGCUUGUCGGGUGGUUGAGGACAACUGCUACGCCACCCAAUCGGGCAGCAUUUGUGCCUAA